AUGUCGGCCCCGCAACCCUCGUCCCCGGAAGAGCAUGAUCCGCUCGACCUCACCUCCCUCGACGCCGACUCCCUCUUCACGGCUCUAGGCGCUGUUGAUCUGGCCAUUCCAGACCUACUUCUCUCCGUCAAACCCGUUCUCGCGCACCUGACAUCCCCUACCCCCGAACGCACUGCCAUAACAGCCAACAAAGCAAUAGAGGCAUACAUGUCCACUCUUGACAAAAUCCAGUUCAUCCUCCGUCAAACGGUCUACUAUCUACGCGAAACGAGAGCGUCAACUUCUGCGCUGAGACCACCUCCGGUAGGGUCUAUUCCGACACCCUUCUCGGCGAGCCUGCCGGCUGGUACUGGCGUAGGGGCUGGAGCAGGAGCUAAGGAGAAGGCUGCAGUUGCAGGAGGAGACGAGUCUCGCGCAGGCGGCGGGGAGGUUGAGCUUGGGCUGUAUGGGAUGAGAACGGAGGUGCGGGUGAUGAAGGAUCUGGAGGAGACGCUGAAGCGGCUGAGAGAGGACCUGAGUGGGAGUCAGGGUCUAGAGACGCGAUCUGGAGGGCCGAAAAAUGUUGCAGCAUCGCAAGCAGAUAUCACAGAUAGAUGA